AUGUCAACUUUAGGCACAAAAGCGCUGAGGAUAAAUAAGGUGAUAACUGAGAUAGAACUUCCUGCCCCUCAUGCUACCAUCUGUCCACAAGGUACAAAAGGUGCAUCAGCACCUUCUCUGGCUCCCUCUGCUUCCAAAGAGGAAGAAGGCAGCAGUGAGCUUCCUGCUGCUCUGGGGGACGAGGACGAACACCCCGUGCUCUGGGAAUACAACAGCAAGGCUCCCGCAGUGUGGGACAAGGACAGAGGAGAUCCCCCGGCGAGGGAGGAGGAUGGUGGAUGUCCCCUGGCAUGGGACGAGGAUGGCCAAGCUCCCACAGCAUGGAAUGAGGGUGAUGGACAUCUCCCAGUGUGGGAUGAGGACAGAGAAUAUCCUGUGGCUUGGGAAGAGGAGGGUGAACAUCUCCCAGCACGAGAUGGGGAUGGUGAACGUCCCGUGGCUUGGAAAGAUGAUGGCGAACCUGCAGCAUUUUGGGAAGAGGACGGGGAACCUGCAGCAUUUUGGGAAGAGGAUGGACAACCUGCAGCAUUUUGGGAAGAGGAUGGACAACCUGCAGCAUUUUGGGAAGAAUUCGGGGAACCUCCCUCUGCUUGGGAAGAGGACACUGAACCUCCCUCCGCUGCAGGAUCCUGGGCUGAACAUUGUGACAGCAGCACAGCCCUGCAGCCAGAGGGGAGACGGGAGUGGUGCCUGAUGCAGCUGAGGAACAUCGUGAGCGUGGAGAAGCCUGCUGAGAAAUACCUGGAACUGGAGCAGAUUGGCCAAGGGGCUUUCGGAGCUGUUUAUAAAGGACUUGACAGGGCCACUGGAGGAGAGGUGGCCAUAAAGAAAAUGAGUCUCAGAGACCAGAACUGGGAACGAGCUGUGAAUGAGAUCCUGGUCCUGAAAGGCAAGAAGAACCCAAACAUUGUCAACUCUUUGGACAGCUUCCUUGUUGAUGAAGAUCUCUGGCUGGUGAUGGAAUACAUGGAUGGAGGAACUUUGCAGGACAUUGUCAGGCAGACACGCAUGGCUGAAGGAGAGAUGGCAGCUGUCAGUCGGGAGUGUCUGCAGGGCCUUGAUUUCCUCCAUUCCAACCAGGUGAUCCACAGAGAUCUGAAGAGCUCCAACAUCCUCCUGGGAAUGGACGGCUCUGUCAAGCUGGCUGAUUUUGGUCUCUGUGCUCAGCUCAGCUCUGAGCAGGACCAGCGCAGCUCUAUGGUGGGCACUGCUCACUGGAUGGCCCCAGAAGUUGUGACCAGUUCUCCUUAUGGCCCCAAGGUGGAUAUCUGGUCCUUGGGCAUUGUGACCAUCGAGAUGGUGGAAGGAGAACCUCCUUACUUCAAGCAAACAGGGGCUAUGGCUCGCGCUCUGAUCCGGCAGAACGGGACCCCGCAGCUGCAGGAGCCCCGGCGCCUGUCGGCUCUGCUGCGGGACUUCCUCGAGUGCAGCCUGGAGCCGGAUGAGGAGCGGCGCUUCUCUGCCCAGGAGCUACUGCAGCACCCAUUUUUAUCAUCAGCCAAGCCUCUCUCCAGCCUGACCCCUCUGAUCACUGCAGCAAAGCAACCGGACGUGCAGCAGAGGAGAUGAAGCACUUGAGAACACCUUUGUGUUACAGUAGUUAGGACGAGUGAGUUAUGGUAGUUAGCAUUGCUAGUUAGUUAGGGUCAUUAGGACAGUCUGUUUAUUAUGCAGUUUUUUGAAUAAAAACUCUG